GUCGGUUCUAAUCUCCAGUAGAGGAGUUCGAAGCCUUACAGAGCUUAUCCUUCGUGUUUCGUCAACGCCGGAUGACUCAGCCGCAGUGGGACAUCACCAGAAAAUGUCAAGAACUUCGAUCAUGCCCUGAAUGUCUGCUCAAGGCACAGAUACAUUACCUUCUACCAGAAAUUUGAGACAAGUUCAAUUUAUCCAGCGGAAAGCUAGCGUCGCGAAAUUUUGAGCUCAGGGUUGGAUAGAAUGCUCCAACAUAAUGGAUUUCAAAUGCAGUAGCUCUGGGGCCGAAAGCCCAACACCAAGGAGUUAGCGUGGGAUAGUCGGGGUUAAGCCUUGGAUGGCCGCAUGCUAAGCAUUCGGAGCCUUGCCUGGGCGGAUAUACCGGCGAUAGCUCUCCGGCAGGCGGCCGUAACCCUGCCAUCUUUCGCUUCAUCAUGCCUAUAAAGGUCUGGCGGAAGCCUCGAGUACAUGCUUUGAUUCAUCCAGCUUCCCUUUACUGCUCGACUGUUCAUCGCCACUGCCAUUGCAUUGCUGCUCUCAUCUUCGGGAUGACCUCCAACGCUCCGUCGCGCUGCUGCACUGUCGGCUUUCUUCACGAGGGGGAAGCGAGAGGGGAGAUCCGAGAUAUUGGGCAUAUCUCCGCGUACUUUGCGUAUCCCCCCAACCUUUCGACCCAGAAUGCGAUCCUUAUUCUGACCGAUGUCAUCGGGCAUCGUCUGAUCAAUGCCCAGCUGAUCGCGGACCAAUUCGCUGCCCAGGGCUACUUUGCGGUGAUGCCCGACCUUUUUGCCGGGGAUUCGGUCCCCAUCAAUCGCCCCGCGGGGUUCAACAUCAUGGAUUGGGUGCAGAACCAUCUGCCACCACAAACGGAGCCCAUCAUCGAAACAGUGCUCGAUGAGAUGCGUGGCAAGCUAGGUUGCCGGCGCGUCGGAGGCGUUGGCUACUGCUUUGGUGGUAAGUACGUGUGUCGCUAUCUCAAGCCUGGCCGGCUGGAUGUCGGAUUUAUCGCGCAUCCCACCAUGGUAGAACCCGACGAGCUCCGGGGAAUCGAAGGGCCCCUCAGCAUUGCUGCUGCCGUCCGUGAUUUUGUUUUUACCCCAGCCAAACGCCACGAGAGCGAGGAGAUUCUCGAUGGACUAGAGGUGCCGUACCAGAUCAAUACAUUCUCCCAUGUGGAGCAUGGGUUUGCAGUACGUUGUGACAUAAGUCAAUGUCGCCAGAAGUAUGCAAAAGAGCAAGCAUUCAGCCAGGCUGUAUCGUGGUUUAACAAGUAUCUCGUGGAGUAAUAAAGAAUCUAUUCUAUGAAC